AUGGCCUCCGCCCGCCCAGCAUCCCCUCUCACCUCAGGCGCUGAGUCCGGCCCUGACUCAAAGUCCGGCGCCGCUGCAGCCACUGGCUCCGCCGUCGGCCGUCCCUCCUCGCCCUCUACCCCCGGCGGUCCUCGCGCUGCCAUGCGCCGCCGUGCCGCCGCCGACCACAAGGAGACUCUGCGCAAUGCCCGUCCCAGCUCCACCCGCUCCGCUGGCGCCGGUGGCUCGUCCGGCACCAUGCUCAAGCUCUACACCGAUGAGAGCCCCGGCCUGCGCGUUGACCCCGUUGUUGUGCUAGUCCUGAGCUUGGGCUUCAUUUUCUCGGUUGUUGGUCUCCACGGUAAGAAUGCCUUCGCUUUCCGGGUCCAGAUGUAUAUCUGGGAAUUGUGGUCGAAAUGGUUGCUAAUCGCUUUCUAUCUAGUCAUCGCCAAGAUCACCCGCAAGUUCUCCGCUUAA